GCGCGCGCGCGGCUCCGCCCCCUUUGUUCCGGGGACACGUUCCCCAUGUUGCCUGCACGCCUGACCCGUAGACUCCUCUGGCCUUUACUUCGGGUACCACCUCCCACGGUCGCGCGCCAUGGCCUCCAGGAGCCGCUCCUCGGGGGGAGAUGCGCGGCCGCCACCUCCUCCCGGGACCCAUCGGGCCUGGGACGUGGGCUUCCUCGGGGCCGGACGGCGACUGCGGGUUACGAAGGAAGGGAUGAUAUGGAGGAGCGUUUUCUGUUCCCCGAAUACGUCCUGGAGCCGGAGCCCGCACCGACCCUCGAAAAGCAGCUGCGGGAGCUGCAGCAGCAUCAGGAAGAGGAGGAACGACUGGAGCUACAGCGGCGGGAGGAGCGGCGGCAGCAGAAGCUACGGGCCCGCCUCCGGGUGCACCCGGCCGUGGGGUACCCGGACCCCACCGUGCCUUCCAGCGGCCUGAGCUGCUCGGGCUGCGGGGCAGAGCUGCACUGCCAGGACCCUGGCGCACCUGGCUACCUGCCCAGCGAGAAGUUCCUGAGCGCAGCGGCGCAGGGCGACGGCGGGCUGGCGCGGACCGUGUGCCAGCGCUGCUGGCUCCUGGUGCACCACCGGCGCGCCCUGCGCCUGCAGGUGAGCCGCGGGCAGUACCUGGAGCUGGUGAGCGCCGCGCUGCGGCAGCCCGGGCCCGCCCUGGUGCUCUACAUGGUGGACUUGCUCGAUCUGCCCGACGCCCUGCUGCCCGACCUGCCCGCGUUGGUAGGCCCCAAGCAGGUGAUCGUGCUGGGGAACAAGGUGGACCUGCUGCCCCAGGACGCUCCCGGCUACCUGCAGCGCCUCCGGGAGCGUCUGUGGGAUGACUGUGUCCGCGCCGGGCUCCUGCGGGCCCCUGGCCACCGAGGGCCACUGCACCCCGGCGGAGAAGGGUCACCUGAUGGGGAAGAGAAUUCGAAACCUUCGGCCAGGUCCCGUACGGUACUCAGGGACGUGCGGCUCAUUAGCGCCAAGACUGGCUAUGGAGUGGAAGAGUUGAUCUCCGCGCUUCAGCGCUCCUGGCGGUACCGCGGCGACGUCUACCUGGUGGGUGCCACCAACGCUGGCAAGUCCACUCUCUUCAACACGCUACUGGAGUCGGAUUACUGCAUUGCGAAGGGCGCUGAGGCCAUUGACCGAGCCACCAUCUCUUCUUGGCCUGGUACUACAUUAAACCUUCUGAAGUUUCCUAUUUGCAACCCAACUCCUUACAGAAUGUUUGAAAGACAAAAAAGGCUGAAAAAAUAUGCAACCGAAGCUGAAGAAGAUCUUAGUCAGCUAGAACAAAAUCAACUUAACCUUUUAAAAAAGCAUGGUUAUGUAGUAGGAAGAGUUGGAAGAACAUUCCUGUAUUCAGAGCAGAAGGAUGAAGCUGCCUUUGCGUUUGAUGCUGAUUCACUUGCCUUUGAAAUGGGAAAUGAGCCUGUUAAGGUUGCAGAUAAACCCAUCAAACGAGUAGAACUGACCCCACAAGACGUGAAAGAUGCCCACUGGUUUUAUGACACCCCUGGAAUUACAAAGGAAAAUUGUAUUUUAAAUCUUCUAACAGAAAAAGAAGUAAAUAUUGUCUUGCCAACACACUCCAUUGUCCCAAGAACUUUUGUGCUUAAACCUGGAAUGGUUCUGUUUUUGGGUGCCAUAGGCCGAAUAGAUUUUCUGCAGGGAAGUCAAUCAGCUUGGUUUACAGUUGUGGCUUCCAACUUCCUUCCUGUGCACAUUACCUCCUUGGACAAGGCAGAUGCUAUAUAUGAGAAGCAUGCAGGUCAUACGUUACUCAAGGUUCCAAUGGGUGGAAAAGAGCGAAUGGCAGGAUUUCCUCCUCUUGUUGCUGAAGACAUUACGUUAGAAGGACUUGGGGAACCUGAAGCAGUAGCUGACAUCAAGUUUUCCUCUGCAGGUUGGGUUGCAGUAACUCCUCAGUUUACAGACAGACUGCAUCUGCGAGGCUAUACACCUCAAGGAACAAUGCUGACGGUCCGGCCCCCUCUCUUGCCGCAUAUCGUUAACAUCAAAGGAGAACGCAUCAAGGGAAGUGUGACCUAUAAAACCAAGAGGCUUCCUUCCCUUGUGUACAAUCUGCAGAAGAAGAAAAAACAGAUGAAAAUAUAGAGCUGACCUUGCUCAUGCUGAUAUUAACUGUAUAGCUAUAAUAAAGCUCCCCUGUGCCCACCCUUUUUUAAAUACUCUGAACUGUGCCUAUUUGUAAUGUAUUGAGUUUGGAGAUACAAGUUGUUGUUUUUGUGGGGUGUACAUAUGUACGUGACCCAAAUAUACCUAAAAAGGAGUUCUGCUACA